GCAUUUGCAGUUGAACGCACCGCGGCACCACAUCCUGUUGUCCGCACCUUGAAGAAUACACCCACCGUGCUCAGUGCAGCGACGCGCCUGUCUGGACCUUGUGCUCGGCGGCCUAGAUGUGAGGAGAGCGUCCGCCCUUCCUGCGAUAGGAAACUCACUGACGUAAAGGAACCAGAGCAGACGGAGCCCAGUGUGUAAUUGCUUUAAUCCCAGUGUUUUAGUGAAAUUCACCGUCCUUUUUACACUAAACUAUCCGCGUUAAGUGACUGUGGGGCGGACUGAAAAACACAGCUACCGAGAGCGCCAGCCGGGUGGAAAAUAAGCAGUGUGUGCAUUGGUUUUGGCAUGGCUGACCUGCUGAGGCUGCUGCUCCGGGUGGCUGAGAAAGCAGCCAACGUGGCUCGGGUCUGCAGGCAGGAGGCUCCCCUCUUUCAGCUGCUCGUUCAAGAGAAGACUGGAGACGACAAGAACAAGAAGUUCGUCCAGGACUUCAAGACGCUCGCUGACGUGGUGAUCCAGGAGAUGAUCCGGCAUGAUGUCGGCGUUCAGUUCCCUGAGAUGGCCGACUUCAUUCAUGGAGAGGAGUCCAAUAAGUUUGAAAAUGGGCUUGGAGAGAGUGUGACAGUCACGGUGUGCAGUACAGAGGAGGAGACCGCCGCGCUGCUGGCGUCAGUGCUGGAUGGUGACAAGACAGCGGCAUCCCUGCUGGCUGGAGCGAUCCACCAAGACCCGGCGACCAUCGACGCCAACACAGACGGUCUGACGGUUCCCCUCAGCCCCUCUGAGCUCGGCAUCUGGAUCGACCCCAUAGAUGCAACCAGCCAGUACAUCGAGGGCCGAGAGGAGGUGCUGGAGGAGGGACACCUGUUUCCUUCAGGUCUGCACUGUGCUUUGGUCCUGAUCGGGGUUUAUCUCCGCAGCACAGGCGAGCCGGUCAUGGGCGUCAUCAACCAGCCGUUCAACUACAAGGACCCAGCAAGUGGACGCUGGAGAGGGAAGCAUUUCUGGGGUGUGUCCUACGGCAGUGUCAACGUCUGUUCAGAGUCCCGCCCAAAAGAUGGACCUGGAGGCAGGCUGUCUGUUGUGCUGAGCUCCAGCGAGAAGCUGGUGGUGAAGGAAGCCCUGACCUCGCUCUGCGGACCAGACAAGCUGAUGUACGCCUCUGGAGCAGGCUUCAAGAUCCUCUGUGUCAUCCAGGGCCUGGCUGAUGUGUACGUCCUCUCAGAGGGAAGCACCUUUAAGUGGGACUCCUGCGCCCCUCACGUCCUGCUCCGAGCCCUCGGAGGGGGAGUGGUGGACCUGGCUAAGUGUCUACAGUCCAGCUCUGGGGAACCAGAUCAGCAGACUGAACUGACCUACCACCAGCCUUACACCAAGUGUAAAGGAGCAGACCGCUGGGCUAACCACGGUGGCCUGGUGGCUUAUCGAGACUGUUCUCAGCUCCGCAGCAUCAUGGGAGCUCUGAAAGGCAAGCUGUAGUUGAAAAAGCAGCUGAAGUAUUCAGCACGAGCUGAAGCACUUCUUGUUGCAUACAUAUGAUCAUAUUAAUGUUUUCUAUAUUAGUAGAGAGAGGGACUGGGGUACAGGAUGAAAUAUUUUAAUUAUAAAUAAUACUGACUUAUUUUAAACCAGAUAUAUUUGCAAGUAUAUAUUACAAGAUGAACGACUGGUCUGGGACAAAUAAUAAUUUCAAAUACUGUCAGGUCUUGAGUGGUUCUGUGGGGCGGAAGCAACGAGUGGGUGCAUGAUCAGGGGCAAAAAACAUGAAGCUGAACAACACUGGGAACAAACAAGUGUCCCAUGAUCCUCACACGACUGUAAAGAUGCAGGUUAGAAAGAUUUGUCCAGAAAGCAAAAUGAGUACAACAGAUCUCUUUUUGAAAGGGAUGAAAAGAGAAACGGCCAAAGCCUCCUCAUCCUCAGACACAACAAAUUAUAUUAAUUUUAUGACUUAUCCAACCUGGAAAAGUCAGAAUCUGACCGAGUUUGAGCAACCACACAGAAGUGGCCAAUCUUUUCUCAGAUGGUCUUGUUUUCUUAUUUUGGUCGUCAGUAUUAAAGCUGCUGUAAGUGAUAAACAUUUACAGCAGCUUGAAAAUUGUGACUUAUUCAUAACCAGUUAAAAGUUAACUCAAAUAAUCAAAUCCAAAAUAGAUAUAUUAAUGUCUAUAUAAAUGUGUUUAUUGUUAAUAUAUUUUGCCUCUUUUAUGAUUUUAAAAGCAAGAAACCAUAGAUUUGUGUCAUGGACUGACAGGGUGAGUGAAAGGGUUGAUCAACAAAACUAAGUUUGGGAACCGCUGACCUGCAUCUUUCCAGGUGAGGGACACUUGGUUCAAUGCAGUAGAAGGUUUAGACAAUCAUAGGAACGUUUUUCAGAGUCAGUUUUACAAAUCAUUUUUAUGAGCGAGAAGUUGACAUGUGCUUCCUCGCAGCUUCAUCAAACUAAGAAUCCUUUGUGAAUUUGUUUACCUCAGACCUCAUAAUCAUUUAUUUAACAUUGCUUGGCUUUUGAUCUGUCUGCCUACAUGUCGCACUGAGGUGUAAUAUUAGAAAGUAGAUUGCUCACUGCUGGACAGCUGAGGAACACAUCACUGCCAGAGGAAAGGUAGAGGAAAGGAAGGAUUUCUCUGGGGAUUUUAAAUUGCAAUUAUGAAAAGUGACAUUACAAAUUUUCAAUCCUACCUAACCUGUUGAAGGCUUUAAAAAGACGAGUGAGCCUCAGAAACAGUGUGCAGGAACCCGCACCUCUCUGAAACAACUCCUUUUAAGGAGCAGGGAGAUAGACAUGCUCUGCCCUCUUUCCAUGGCUGUAGCAGCAUUAGUUUAAAAAGGUCAGAGGAAGGAGAAGCCAUAUGAGGGAAAGCAGUGACAUGGAGGGCCCUUUUCAGUAAAAAUGAAAUAUUAAGCUAAUUGCAGGGAUGGCUCCUACGCAGGCUGACGAGCUCCUCUGAAGGACAGAAACACAUUCUUAUCAAGAUGUUUGUAACCUUUCAUUGUCACUGUAUAUGUUUAAACUGACGCUGUUAAGCAACUGAUGAGUCAUUUUUGUGUGAUGAGCAUAAAACAGAACAACAAUGUG